UUCAGCAAACAAGAAAGAAAAAGACAGGGGGAAGUUUCGCCUGCGACCUUACUGUCCUGCAACUCUGCAACUCACCUUCGUCCUCCCUCUCUCUCUCUCUCUUAUUCUCUGCAAGUGCUGAAGGUCCAGAGAUCUUUCUCCUUUCACUCCUCCCUCUUAUGCAGAAAAAAUGGGAAACUUGUUCACCUGUUUCUCCCACAAGGAAGUGAAGAAGAAAUCCUCCAAACGUUUUUCCAACCCUCCUUCGCUCAUUGGGUCCAGCAACCGGUUUUCUAAAAUUCGAUCCUCCAAGAAAGGAAAUACUGAAGAGACUGUGCUUCAAGAACAGGCCACCGCCGCGGCCUUAUUGUUACAUCAUCAUCGGCAGAACGGUUCACUACCAUUCGACCGCUCGACUUCUCUGAGGUAUCCGGUUCCGGGUUCAAAGAAUCAAGCUUUGCCUAGGAGUUCGAGUUCUAGGGCUCGUUCGCUCACGGAUCCUAUUCUUAAACCUCUUGAACUCGUUAAUCAGGAUCUAAGCAUUGAUGAUCUGGAGACCAAACAUUUUGUCCUUGUUCACGGAGGUGGUUUUGGUGCUUGGUGUUGGUAUAAAACCAUAGCACAUUUAGAAGAAGGUGGAUUUAGAGUUGAUGCUAUAGACUUAACUGGUUCGGGGAUUCAUUCAUUUGAUACAAACAGCAUUAUGAGUCUUUUCGAAUAUGUAAAGCCACUUGCUAGUUUUCUUGAAAAGCUUGGAGAUGGGGAGAAGGUAAUUUUGGUGGGACAUGACUUUGGUGGUGCAUGCGUAUCAUAUGCAAUGGAGUUAUUUCCAGCUAAGAUUGCAAAGGCUGUAUUUAUUGCUGCAGCAAUGUUAACUACUGGACAGAGUACUCUCGAUAUGUUCUCUCAACAGGCAGAUUCAAAUGAUCUAAUGCGAUCUGCUCAGAUAUUUCUGUAUGCAAAUGGAAACGACCAACCUCCAACAGCUAUUGAUCUCGACAAAGCUUUAUUGAAGGAUUUGUUGUUCAAUCAAAGUCCCUCUAAGGAUGUUGCUUUGGCAUCUGUUUCAAUGAGGCCAAUCCCUUUUGCACCUGUUCUGGAGAAGCUCUCUCUAUCUGAUAAGAACUAUGGUUCUGUCCGACGGUUCUACAUUGAGACUCCCGAAGAUCAUGCGAUUCCCCUUUCUCUCCAGGAGAGCAUGGUAAAUGCCAACCCACCAGAACGGGUCUUCCGAUUAAAAGGCUCCGAUCACUCACCUUUCUUCUCGAAGCCUCAAGCCUUGCACAAAUUAUUGGUGGAGAUAUCAAAGAUUCGCUUGGCUUGAAUAAUUGGCUGGCUCAUGAAAUCACUCCGCCCAUAUUAUAGGCAGAUAAGUAGAUGAGCGAUUGGUUGAUUUUGGCAGAUAGGUAGAUGAUGCACAUGCAAUCAUAUUGCUUGAGUAAUGUACAGGUUUUUCAACCUAACACUCUGAUCUGGAGAAGUACCGAGAAUAUUUUCAUCUGUAUGAAAACUUUUAUGAUUGCAUGCAUGCAACAACAUGCAUUCAUGCCCAUUAAUUCUUUGCAUUUUUUUGAAUUACUAGAAGAGGCUCAUUUAGGGCACAAUCUGGUGUUAAAAUUGCCAAUUUCCUCUUAUAUGUAGAGCAGCUGUUUCCUCYGUCAUUUUUUUA